AGCUGUUUCCGAAAGUGAGCCGAAAGCUAGCAACAUUUUUUAUUUCAAUAAUCUUUUGAAUUUGAAGUUAAAUUUUGCAACAGUGGUGUAAAAUGUAUGGGGUUUGUUAAUAUAGCAUGUAUUUAAGUGUAUAGUUUUUUUUUUUAAAUCGCAUUGCUUAAUGUAAUGCAAAUACUUUGGUUGGCGCGGGGUGUGUAGUUCUGUGUCUCAGGGUUGGGAUUUCGGGUUAAAUAUUCAAAAUGGCGGACGGAGGAGCAGCGAGUCAAGAUGAGAGUUCAGGAGCAGACUUCUUUUGAAAAUGCACAGCAAGAUGACAUGCAAGAAUCAAGAAUGAGUAAUCCAUCAGAAACAAGUAAACCUACGAUGGAGUGUGGUGAUGGAAGCACAGAUAUAUAUACAACAGGAUAUGGUCCACUACAACAUCUAAUUUGCUGGGAUGUCCUGGCUGCAGGCAGCAAACUUGCAAGUGCCCAAACAAAUGGAUUGGACUUUCAGAGACAGUCUGUGCAAACAAGUGCAAUCACUAAUGCACAUGCACAGGCAUUACUUCAUCAGGUCCAGCUUGCAGGAGCAAGUUUACAGGCUGCUUCUCAGACAGUAAAUUUCCAGUCUAAAACAGAAGAAUCUGCUGAUUCUCAAGUCUCAAGUCAUCCUUCCAUUCAGCACUCAGUACAGAGUGCCCUCCCGCAGACUCCGCUCAUGUUGGCAGGGGGACAGAUCACUGGACUAACCUUGACGCCCGCACAGCAGCAGUUGCUACUCCAACAAGCACAGGCUCAGCUGCUGGCAGCAGCAGUCCAACACUCUGCCAAUCAGCAACAUAAUGCCACUGGGGCAACCAUCUCUGCAUCCGCAGCUACUCCAAUGACACACAUACCCCUUUCACAGCCUAUCCAGAUAACACCAGACCUGCAGCAGCUUCAGCAGUUUCAGCAGCAAAACCUGAAUCUACAGCAGUUUGUAUUGGUGCAGCCGGGACACCCAAUUGCAACCCAGUUGCAACCGGCUCAGUUCAUCAUAUCACAGACGCCACAGGGGCAGCAGAGUCUCCUGCAAGCUCAAAAUCUUUUAACACAACUACCUCAACAAAGCCAAGCUAACCUCCUGCAGUCACAGCCAAGUAUCACCCUCACUGCACAGCCAGCUACGCCAACGCGCACAAUAGCGGCGACACCCAUUCAGCCCCUUCCACAGAAUCAGAUGACACCAAAGCGCAUAGACACUCCCAGUUUAGAGGAGCCCAGUGAUCUGGAGGAGUUGGAGCAAUUUGCUAAAACUUUCAAACAGAGGAGAAUCAAACUGGGAUUCACUCAGGGCGAUGUUGGACUUGCUAUGGGGAAACUGUAUGGAAAUGAUUUUAGUCAAACAACAAUCUCUCGCUUUGAAGCCUUGAACCUCAGCUUUAAAAACAUGUGCAAGCUUAAACCCUUGCUUGAAAAGUGGCUAAAUGAUGCAGAGAAUUUGACAUCUGACCAAGCUUUGUCCAGCCCAAGUGCCCUGAACUCCUCAGGAAUGGGAAUAGAGGGGCUGAAUCGCAGGAGAAAGAAACGCACCAGCAUUGAGACAAACAUAAGAGUGGCCUUAGAAAAGAGUUUUCUAGAGCAGAACCAAAAGCCUACCUCUGAGGAGAUUACAAUGAUAGCUGACCAGCUGAAUAUGGAGAAGGAGGUUAUCCGUGUGUGGUUCUGUAAUCGACGGCAAAAAGAAAAAAGAAUCAAUCCGCCCAGUAGUGGCAGCAUGAGCAGCACUCCUAUUAAAGCAAUCUUCCCAAAUCCUGCUACACUGGUGCCCAGCACUGCUAGCCUUGUGACCAGUAAUACACCGACUACACUGACUGUAAACUCAGUUCUGCCUAUAACAAGCACUGCUGUAACUAAUAUUGGCUUCACAGGUAUGAGGGACGCAGAUACUUCUGCAAUAUUGCAACAACUUUAUGCUUAUUAUCACGGCACAACAGGAAUUGGGUCUGCCACUAACACAGCAUCAGUGAUCUCAUCCACACCGGUCGCUUCGUCAGCUGUGACCUCACCUUCACUCAGCCCUUCCCCUACUUCAUUACCUACAUCAGCAACAGAAUUAGUCAGCACACAUGAGACCAGUACCACCACACAAGCAUCCACUGCCAUGUCAUCUCCACUGGGCACCAGCCAGGUCAUGGUGACAGCAUCUGGACUGUCGGCAGCUUUGCAAGGAGCAGCCACGCAGCUGCCUGCUAAUGCAGGGUUGGCAGCUAUGGCAGCAGCAGCGGGGCUUAAUCCUGGUCUGAUGUCCUCUCAAUUUGCACCAGGUGGUGCCUUACUAAGCCUCAAUCCAGGAACGUUUGGCAGUGCUUUAAACCCAGCAUUGUUGAGCAACAGUACCCUUAUUCAAGCUCUUGCAUCCGGCGGGUCUCUUCCAAUAACCUCGCUGGAUGCCAGUGGAAAUCUCCUGUUUGCCAAUGCAAAUGCAGGGGGUAACCUUGUGACUGCCCCGUUGUUCCUUAACCCGCAAAACCUUUCUUUGCUCACCAGCAACCCAGUCAGCCUGGUUUCUGCAACUGCUGCCUCUGCAAGCGCUUCUGCACAGGCCUUGAACCUCCAAGUCACGUCAGCUAUGGCCGAAUCAAACCAGAACGUUGUCACUUCUGUAGGCGGGGCUGCUGCUGCAUCAACCAUUACUACCGCCUCCAAGGCCCAAUAAACUCAAAUGUUUUUUCUUC